AUGGCCUUGUAUGAGGACAAGGAAGAAGGGAAAGAGCACGAGGUCUCGGUAUCCGCUGUGACAGCACUGGUUCAGUUCACGGCCGUUGUCCAGUGCCACAACGGCGACGAAACUUACUUGAUCACAUGGGCAGAGGAUGGGUACGAACAUACCCAGAGUGCAAGCAACAUGAGGCUCCUCAAACGAACUGAAAAACGUUUUCGCUUCUCAGCAGGAAACAAGGUAGAAGGCUUCUACCACGACGAGGAGAAGUGGUACACAGCACGCAUAAAAUGCGUUAAUGACUCUGGCUCCUACACGGUGAUCUGGGACGAAGAUGGCGAGGAGUAUGAGCUUCAGGAAGAAGAUUUGAAGCUCACGACGCUGCCAAUCCGGCUUUCUGAUCUAAAGCCACACCAGAAAUUCACAGGCACCGUUGCUAGGACCUUCAGUUUUGGAACCUUUGUGGACAUAGGUGCUGAGCGAGACGGCCUGUUGAAGCCUUGGUUCACAUUCGAGGGCGAAGAGCCCACGUACAAGCAGGGGGACAAGGUCAAGGCGUUCUAUGAGGAGGACGAGGAAUACUACGAAGCAACAGUCCUCAAGGAUAACGGAGAUGGCACUUGCCACAUAGCAUGGGAGGAGGACGAUGUGGAGUACACGGCGGACACGUCCAAGAUGGAGCUGAUUCGUCUUGCAGAGCUUGAGGAGGGAAGCAAGGUAGAUGUUUUCGUUGAGUCUGUGAUGACAGACAAGGACGGGCAGCAGAGGCUAUGGCUGGCAACGAUCAAAGACAAGAUUGGAAGCAAGGGCCCGAAGCCGAAAGUAGACCUCUCUGGCUUCUCCGGCCUCUCUGGCGACAUGUGGCUCAAGGGCACAGUCACCCGCAUCCUCAAUUUUGGGGCCUUUGUCAGCGUAGCGCCACCCUCUGGCGGGCAACCAGCACAAGGUCUGGUUCACAAGAACGAAGUGCGCGACGGUUUCAUCCAUAGGCUUGAGGAGGAGAUGUCUGUCGACGAUGAGGUGGAGGUUCGUAUCAAGCACGUCAAUCCAGACGAAGGAGUGCUGCAGCUCUCCAUGCUUGGUGGAUGA